GAGGCCUGUCUUUUGCCUAUUUUCAAAAAUGAAGAGUAAUAUUCUCUUCUGAGUUGUGUCCACCAAAUUAGCCUCCCAUUCCCGUCCGUCGUUCCUCUUCUUCUUCUUGCUCUUUAGGGUUUUGAUUGACGAGAAAAGAAAAGAUGAACGGUUUCUUUUCUGUCCAGAUGUGUCUAAAAUGCGAUGAAUGCUCUCAUAUUGGUUCCACAAAGGUUGCACCAUUCACUGAGGGAAAAAAGAGCGCUGAUCAUUCGUGCCUGUUAAAUUUUACUACAAGUCCUUACCAAUCAACUAUCCGUACAAUGUCUGAAAGUUCUGCACCUAAUUUUGUAUAUAGAAGAAGGAAGCAACGAGGAAACUCUGUUGCCAUUUUCUCGGCACAGGUCUGUGAAAGCACAAAGAGAAGUGGAGAUGAGUGUCUCUCUGUUGUCAGUUCUGAUGCUCCUUCUAUUGCAGUUAAGGAGCGACAAAUAGUUUCUCAAGGUGAGAAUGCUAUUGGAGCUACUGUCAUACCUAUUAAUGGAUGUUCACUGGCAGAAGAACAGGGUUCUGAUGAAUCAUCCAAUAAUAGUGGGCAGAAAAUCAUUGAGGUUGACAGUAUAAAUGACAGUUGCUCAUCAUCAAAGUCUGAUAUGGAACUUGUUUCAGCUUCUAUGCAGACUGAAGUGGACAAUACUGGUGAGUGCUCCUCAUCCAGUGUAAAGGUAGUAGAGGUCUUCGGGGAAGAUUUAUCAGAAAAGGAUUUAUGUGUCUCUAUAAUUAGAAGCCAGGGUGUGCUUGAAGGAGUUUGGCCUAGCAGGACUCAUGCCUCUGCUGAAGAUGUUGGUGAUAGUAGUGCUAGCAGCAAUUCUCGGUCUUGCAAAAUUUGUGCUCAUCCAGAGUCUCCUCUUAAGAUGAUAAUUUGUGAUAAUUGUGAAGAGGCAUUUCAUCUAUCUUGCUGCAACCCUCGUGUAAAAAGAAUACCGGUUGAUGAUUGGUUUUGUCAUUCAUGUUCAAAGAAGCGUCGCAAAAUCCUUAAAGAGAAAAUUUCUAGAUCUCCUAAUAUGAUUGGUGAAAAGGGUAGAAGUGGAAAUUUUUCUACAAUUGAAUCAAAUCCAAUAGCAUUGAUGUUGAGAGAUACUGGGUCAUAUAAAACCAGUGUCCGAAUUGGAAAAGGUUUUCAAGCAGACGUUCCAGACUGGUCAGGUCCAAUUACUAAUGAUGAAGAUGCAUUUGGUGAGGCUUUGGAACUGGAUCCAUCAGAUUUUGUUAGUAUGACUGAUUUGAAGUCAAACAAGCCAUCUAAACUUGGCGCUAUUGGUAACUGGCUUCAGUGUAAAGAGGUUAUAGAUGGUGCAGGAGAAAGUAAUAUAUGUGGAAAGUGGCGCAGGGCUCCUUUGUUUGAUGUCCAAACUGAUGACUGGGAAUGCUUCUGUUCCUUUCUUUGGGACCCUAUUCAUGCUGAUUGUGCUGUACCCCAGGAGCUGGACACAGAUCAAAUUCUGCAGCAACUAAAGUAUAUUCAGAUGCUGAGACCACAGUUAGACGCUAAAAGGUGAAAAUUGAACAGCACCAAGAAAGAAGAUGAUUCAAUGGACAGUGGAGAAGAUAUGAGAAAUAUAAGAACUCAAAAACAUGCUCAGUGAUCAGCUUGGCUUGUACAUUCAUUCAUAAAAAGCAAAAAUCAAAAGCCAUGAAUUUUGGAGUUACCACGGCUGUAAGGAAAUUAUUCUGGACAGGAGAAUAAUAAUUUAGUAUGAUAAUAUUUAGCCAUUAGGUUGUGCCUUCUGUUUUGUGCUUCA